AGCCCCUGGAAGCCCAGCAAGGGACAGAGAUCGACGCUCUGCCUGCGGACACCACGUCUCUCAGCGACUCAGACUCUGAUGUCAGCCUGCCUGGCGGUGCUGAGAUGGAAGCUCUGUCCCCGGGGGUGCUACCUGGCGAGGCCCAGGGGGACUCAGACCCCGAUGCGUCCUCUUUGUCUGCGAGGGGCCUCCGCACGGCCGCGGUGCAGCCAUUCCAGCUGAGGGGCACGAGCUCUACCUUCUCCUGGCGCAGCCGCAACAUCUUUGACUGCCUGGAGGGCACAGGCAGGCAGAUGCUGCCCUCUGUGGCGCAGACUGGCCCGGGUGGCGAGGGGGGCUUCCCACGGCCGCCGGCACCCGCAAGCCGGCCUCCAGGAGAGGACCCGGGCAGGCCCAGUCAGAGCCCUGCCCCUCCGAGGUUGCCCCCAGUCCCUGACUAUGUGGCCCACCCUGAGCGCUGGACCAAGUACAGCCUGGAAAACGUGGCCGAGGUCAGCGAGCAGAGCAACCGGGCUGCUGCUCUGGCCUUCCUGGGCUCCCCGAGCCUGGCUGCCCCCAGCGACCGUGUGUCCUCUUUCAACCAGGAUGCCUCUAGCUGUGGGGAGGGAAGAGUCGUCUUCACCAAACCCGCCCGAGCUGGGGAGGCCAGGCCUGAGAGGAAGAGGGCCCUGAAGAAGGCAGGAGGGCCUGGGAACCCGGGCGCCCCAGGGGGCGAGGGCCCCGUGGAGCUGGCCCACCUGGCCGGGCCUGGGAGCCCGGAGGCUGAGGACUGGAGCAGCCCCCAGGGGGGCCUUCAGGAAGUGGGCGUGCCGCAGGGGGCCGCCCACCCCAGCUCGGCGGCCGGGGCCCCCGUGGCGGAGACCGUUGGCUUCCAUGGCAGCAGGAAGCGGAACAGAGACCACUUCCGGAGCAAGCGCAGCAGCCCUGAGGCCGCAGGCGCCGAGAUCUGAGAGAAGAGACCGGACAGGCUGGCGGAGGGAGGCAGCUAGGGCCACUGGCCGCCUGGGGUGGAGUGGGGCCUGGGGCUCCAGCCCCUCGGGAAGGGAGCCAGCGGGCUGCCAGGAGGAGGCGCCGGCAUCCUGGGCUGGAGCUCCGGGUAGUGGUGUCUGAAGCGGUGCUUGCCGGUGGACGGCAGAAACCCUGGCCCGCCGAGUCCCCCUGGGGCACGAGUAAAGGCUUCAGACAUUC